AUAAGAGAUAGCACCACUAUUUGAUGCUCUAAAACCCUUUCUUCUUCAACAACUCAACCUUAAACCCUGCAGGCCUGUACCCUUAAAACCUCCAGAGAAAGAACGUGUUCUGGUGAUUUAAUUGGAAAAAUUGUAACUUAUUGAACAAUAUCAAUGAAACUAAUCAACAAACUCAAAUCCACCAAACAAUUCAAUGGGAAAAGUUUCUACAACAUCCUGAAUCCAAACACUCACCAAAUUCAAGUUCGUCAAAUGACAACGAGCAAAAGAGUACAAGACAGGAGCAAGAAGAAGCGAGUCCACGACCUCGAAAUCGUCACUGAAAAAUGGAAAAUCUUCCACAAAAUCCACCAUUUAAUGGAGGUAAUCAAAGCUGAACCUGAACAUGUUAUUUCAAUUCGAUAUCUUGAGCAAGAACGCCGUCAAAUUAACCUUCCUAAACCCCACAAAUUAUCCGAUUUCCUCCGAAAAUCGCCGAAAUUGUUUGAUUUGUAUAAGGAUCGUAAUGGGACUUUGUGGGUCGGAAUGACCCAGGAUGCGGAGGAUUUGAUUAAGGAGGAGGAGAGGGAAAUUCAGGCGCGUUCUGAUAAAGUGGCGGAGUUUGUGACUAGGAUUUUGAUGAUGUCGGUUGAUAAGCGAAUUAGGGUUGAUAAGAUUGCUCAUUUUAGGAGGGAUAUGGGGUUGCCAUUUGAUUUUAGGGACAAUUGGGUGCAUAGUUAUCCUAGUCUUUUUAGGUUAGUUAAGUCUGAGGCCGAGGAUGGUGGUGUGGAUCAUGAGUUUUUAGAACUGGUUGGUUGGAAAAAUGAGUGGGCAGUUACUGAAUUAGAGAAAAGAAGUGGGAAUUUUAAUGGGGAUUCUCCAGGGAAGCUUUCUUUGGCAUUUCCUAUGAAGUUUCCGCCAAAUUUUAAGAAGGUGUUUAGGAUUGGUGGGAAGCUAGAGCAUUUUAAGAAGAGGGAGUAUUUAUCCCCUUAUGCUGAUGCUCGAGGGCUUCAAGCAGGAUCACAAGAGUUUGAUAAACGAGCAAUUGCAGUUAUGCAUGAAUUGCUAAGUUUUACACUUGAGAAGAGGCUGGUGACUGAUCAUUUGACUCAUUUUCGGCGUGAGCUUGUGAUGCCUCAGAAGUUGAUGAGGUUGCUGUUGAAACAUUUCGGUAUUUUUUAUGUUUCGGAGAGAGGGCAGAGGUUUCAUGUGUUUUUGAAUGAGGCUUAUAACGGCCAGGAGUUGAUUGAGAAAUGCCCCUUGGUUCUUUGGAAGGAAAAGGUUAUAGAUCUAAUUGGUUAUAGAGGGAAGAAGAAGAAGCCUGCUACUUUCGAUGAAUUUUCUGAUGUUGAGGAUAAGGACUUGUUCAAGAGUGAUUCUGACGAUGAGAGGCUCCAAAUGAACUUAGAGAAUGAGAAUACAAUGGAUGGUUUAGAUGAUGAUGUGCUUGCAGAUGAUGCUGUGAUGGAUAUUGAGGAAGUUUCUAGGGCUUAUAAGGAUUCUUAACUAUCAUCCACUCCUGUUUACAUUCUAUUCAAAAUGGAUGAUUCUCGACUUCUUGUUGAUUUUGUGCAAGAUCAAACUUCCUAACUUGCAUUUUCUGUUAAAACGUGACUUGAGUUAUACUAUGUAUUCUUUUGAUUGCGACCUGGAGAAAGUUGUUGAAGACUUGUACUUUUAGUGCAUUGAGCUGCUCAAAUUCUCUGGUAUCUACUACCUAGAACUUAGUGUACAGUUUUUCCUCUUUGCAUUUUUAUUGAACAAAACCAAUAAGGUCUCCUAGUUGUAUUGUUAUCUUGUUUCCUGGCUCAUAAUCUGUUAUUCUAAAUAUCUGUGUUUUCAGAUAUUCAGUAUCAAUAUGCAAAUGCUUUUAUGAUGUUUUCCCCCCUUCUUUGGGACAAAAAUCUGUCAUUCAAGCUAAUUUCUCCACUGUGACCUCUUACAAGUUACGGGUUGGUGGUUGUAUACGCAUAUUGAAUGUACCACUUCAAGUUAUGGCUGGUUUGAAUAAUUUGUGGUUACUUCUUCAACUGUGGUCCUGCAUUUUGUUGUAAAUACAAGAAUUUAUAGUCUGUCGCUAUUAACUUGAAUUGGUCGUCAGAAAGUUUACAUGCUAAUAAGCUGUACAGUUUUAGUUUAUGAGUGAUGGCUAUAUUUGACCGAUCAAGUUUGAAUUGAUGGAUUGAUCUGUUUGUGUAUCUUCGCAGUGAUUUGAUUUUUAGUUCAUUGUCAGUUGAAAUUGUGGUGGUGCAAAUCUUAUGAGAAAGCAAAGAAGAAAUUAAACAUAGUAGAGGCUCCAAAUAUCCUUACAAUUGCAUUGAAGCGGAUUUAGUCUGGGAAGUUUGGCAAGCUCAAUGCAAUUGUAAGGAAGUUUGGCAAGCUCAAGCUGAAUGAAG